AUGAACCCAUACCUGAUUGCCUAUAUGGGCAUAAAGAAGAGUGAAAGUAUCUGGUUUAACUCCGUGAUGUUUGCAAUGCAGUCCGUCUCUAUGCCCAUUGGAGGCAUCCUUCAACCAAAAAUCGGAUUUAGGGCUGUGACCAUUAUGGGAAUUAUUCUUAGCAGGCAAGCAUUAAGAAUAAAUGUUCAUUUCAUCUGCCUUUAUCCAGUCAGACUCUAAAUAAUAUUAUGAUGUUUUUAUGUUCGUUUGAUGAUCGCAGAAAGUUGAUUGGAUUGAGUUUUCAGAUAAAAUCGUUUAGAUAUGAUUUUUAUAUAAAUUUAAUUUCAUACACGACCAAUUGAAAAGUCACUUACAGACCGAAUAUUUUUUGUUCAUGGGAGUUAUUAGGAGUUUACUGGUAUUGCUGUAUGCAGCCUGCCUAUACCGUUCACAUAACGACGAUGUACAUUUUAAAUAUUUGAGAAAAAUCGGCAGUGACUCUACUAAAUAUAGAGCAGACUAAUAAAGCAUGUUUCCUGACUAAGAGAACACAGUCGCCCACUGCUUUACGGUAGGAUUGUCUAACAACCAGUUUUUCGUACGACAUUUGUUAACGAUCUAGCUCCACUACCUGAUGACAAAAACUAGGAGGCCGAUAAUAUAUUCUCUUGAAUUUUUAGCGGCGGGAUUUUCCUUUCAAGAGUAACAGUUGACCACGGAUUGGGCCCAUUUAUUGCAACAUACUGCAUUUUGUUUGGCAUCGGCAUCGGAUUGCCAUACUCAGUACUUAUGGCGGUUGCUUCCUCGGUAAGUUAGCAAGUAUGAAAUGAAACUAGCAAAAAACUGAAUACAUUCUAACAAUUUCAUCACAAUCCUAACAAGAUCACCCCCCAGACACCUUGCCAAAUUUAUUUUCCAUAAUAGACCUGAAGUUCUAAUAUUUCAAUUAUCAUACGGGCCGUAAUCUUGUGAAUGUUUGUUAGCCACCAAGAGGACCAAAAUAAACAAUUGUUAAAUUGCCCUUUUUGCGCUUACUUGAUGGGCAAUUGACGCUGGAAUCAUACAUUACAACCCACAGAACUUCAAUAAUUGUCCAAAAAGUGUAUGAACAGGUAUUUAAAAUGCGUUAUAUAAUGUUUGAAAUUCAUGUAUUCUGGUUGGUUUUUUUCGAAACGACUUCUCUUUCCCAUAACCGGCCUGACUUUUAAAGUCUAUUUUUUAUUAAGUGGUUUCCAAAAUACCGUGCAACGAUUGUUGGACUCAUUGCUGCAGGCUUUGGAUGUGGAGCACUCCUUUUUACGCCGAUACAAACAAAGAUUAUAAACCCAAACGGUCUUACUAACCUAACAGAGUAAGUUUUUUGCAAUCGUGCGGUGAAAAGGUAAUCUGCGAAUAAGUUUAAAUUUACAAUAUCGAAAGAGCAGAAUGACAACAAUAACUAGAGCGUGUUUUUUAGCUCAAAAUGUAGCCUUACAAACCUUUGGUUUAUUAUUUAUUUCUGAUUGUCCGUUCGAUUUAAAAUUCACCGAAAACUGUUCAUUUUUUAGCCCGACAAUCAAGGCGAAGGUCCCGAACGCAUUUCUAAUUCUUGGGGGCUUAAUGUUGGGUCUUCAAGUAGUUGGGUUUAUCAUUUGCCGGGAGAGAAAAGCUGCAGACAAGACGCCGCCAAAUGCUUCUAAUGCAUCUGAAAAGAGCUCACAAAUAAACGAGAAGUCGUCUUACGUCAACCAUGAUACGUAAGUCUUUUUUUAUUGCCCCAUACAUCUUAGAAAUCGGCCGACGUAUUUACUAAAACUUGUCCACAUUUUUUUGGCAGUAUGGAAUCGUCCACGAUGGAGAUUUCUGAAAAAGACGCAGAGAGUGAGAUGAAUGUAAACGUGUACGGUUUAUUUUGAUCAAUCUAAAUUUCAAAGCAUCAAAACGUCUCAUAAAUAUCUCGGAAAAAUAUGGGCUACUAUAAUUAUGAGUUUUUGCUGAUAGCAAAUAGUAGUUAUAGUUUGUACAUAGUCUUUCUUUGAAUACUUAAAUCGUGCUUAACGUUCUCCGCUACAGUAAACCGGUCCAAAAAAGUUAUACUCUGAAGGAGGCUUUGCGGACUAUCGACUUCUAUUUAUUAUGGUUUAUCUUCUUCUGCAACGUUAUACCCACAACACUACUGUCUUCAACUUAUAAGGCAAGUUGUAUAUCUUUCUAAUACUUGUUGUAACUUAAUUCAAACUUACCUGAUUGUUUUCUUGCACAUUGAUCUGAGAUGGACAGAGGCAAUGCGUCUAAACAUAUAAUCCAAAUAAACUUCGACCAUGCCAAAAACAUGAAUAAAAUCUUUGUACACUAAAUGCUGCCUUGUGCUCUUUCAGGUCUAUGGAGCGGAGAGGAAUCUGGAUGAUCAAUAUCUCUCAAUUAUUGCGACUUUGAGUUCAGCCUUCAAUGCCCUGGGAAGAGUACUUUGGGGCAUCAUUGUGGAUAAAUUUUCCUUUAAGGUGAGUAGAUUUUUGGUGAAAACCUUGUUCAUGUUCGAAAUAAGGGGAGCAUGCAAAAUAUUAAUGUGGCAUACUAAACACCGAAACCUUUGUUGGUUUCCCAAAAAAUAAAGUUUUUUGAGCUGCAUUAUGCGAAAUCAAAGGUAUUUUUAAAUAAUAACCCGACUGUCUUUUUUCUAGUGUCCUCUUGGCUUCCUGACUGUCAUUUGGGCUCUAUUCUUUGCAACAUUCCCUGCUAUCGGGUCUUCGAGCGUAUUGAAAUACAUAUAUCCAAUAUGGGUAUUUGCCCUCUUUUUCUUGUUGGCCGGCCACUUUGUUAUCCUGCCUGGUGCCUGUGGACGCAUCUUUGGACCAGAAAACAUGGCAACCCUUUACGGUUUGAUUUUCUUCGCAACGGUAGGAGACAAUUUUAUGUUGCCCCGUUCGUUUUUAACUUUACUUGUUUUUUUUUUUAACUGGAAAGACACUGCGAUCUGAUGCCCAGCCGCCUAAAACAAUUGUUUAACGGGCAUCGGUUGACUUACUCCUCAGAAGUAUAUUUGCAUUUCAAAUUCAACCCCAAAGACAGAAAAAUAGCGGAAAAGACAACUGGCCAGUUCGCGUAAAAUACCACUAAAUGCAAACCCGGUCCUUUAAAACCCGGAAAUAUGACUUCUCUCAAAGCCAUUGAACAGUACGUUUUAAUGAGCUUAGGACCAGAAUUUGCAUAAUUUGGGCAUGCGUCUCUACAAAGUAAACAGUGUUUCUCGCCCAUUCGGGAGCGCCUUUUGCAGUUAUUUCUAGUUCGCGCCCAGAAUAACUUCUAACAGAUACGUCUACUAGCCAAAAGCUUUUCUGGCUGCCGCCCUAUGGCACUAGGUGUGUAAUUCAAAGGCAAUGGCGCGCAAAGCAGACCUAUACCAAGCACUUAUGUUAGUCUUUAAUGUGUGUUUAUUGAAACAAAAUGUUCCCGUACCUUAAGUGUAUUAAUCGCAGUACUGAACGUUAGAAAUUUCCAAUGACAAAAACUGGCACUGGGCAUAUGGAAUAACGGCUGGCUAAAAACUCGAUUUCGAUAGAGCCUUGGUUAUGCGUACUUUGGAAUAUUUAAAAUAAACUUCCGAGGUGGCUAAGACGUAAUUAACUCUAUUUUUACCUAAUGUAGCCUAUUAGUGGGCAUAUUGUAAGCGCGAUUUUGACCAUACAACCAAGUUAAGUAUGCGUUUGUCUUAUCUUUUUAUUUGUUACACACUGCAACAUACUGAGAGCUACUUAUUCGGCCUGCAAUCUAGCGACAAUGUUGAAUUUGUAAUUUCGCUUCGGACUGCGACCAGGACUACCGGUGCCUUGGUCUGCACUGGGCCUCUUUUUUUUAUGAUUUUCGUAAUAUCAACUCACCUCAGUAAUAUAACCCUUGGACCUUGUAAUCUUGGAGGGGCAAAGGAGACAUCCGCGUGAUGGACACCCUGUGUUUUCGAUUUGAAUGAGCCUGUUGGCCCGCCAAUAUACUUCAUUUUCUUUAUUUUCCUUAAAGGCUCCAAGCUCCCUCCUACUCUCAGCAAUCAUUUCGCAAUUCACAAUUGAUGGACAGUGGAUUGCCGUCUACCUGUCCGCGGCUGCACUUUGCUUAGUUAGUAAGUUUUUGUUGACGUUCAACAUACCUAAGUGUCUCUUAUGUUGUAAAUCAAGUUUCAUCGAUUGAUUGCUAUUUGCCACAUCAGAACGUUCCCCUCUGAAGAGUAGAGUGCACCGCUAUGAGGAAGCAUCAAGCGAGGUGAAAUUUAAAAUUCUUCAGACCUAGAUUAUGAACCUAGCGCUCGGACGUAAAUGUCAUCAGAGGAAAGCCCAAUAAAUAUUUUCACAAGAAAUAUGAUCUAAAUCUGGUCUACUGAUCGUCACUCGGGCCGAGCUCACGCCUCUGUUGUUCCUACUUUUCCUACUGUUUAAGGCCCAGAAGGCUCAUUUCAAAAGAAACCCUGAAAAUAGUUUUAAACAUGCUCACAAUUCGGAAGUUUUGAGGUCUAUUUACGUACUUGAAUAAGGGCGCAUCAUAAAAUGCAACUUUUAGUUCACGAAAGGUUAGUAAUUUUCGCACUUUUCGUCUUUUGCAGGCUUCACUCUCUCGAUAUUUCUUAAAGAUAAGAAUGGGACUUGUACAGCGGUUACAAAUAUAUGUACCAAUGCCUGUAACGUCUGUCGUCCAAUCGUCGAAGAUGAGGAGGAAUCAUCUGAGACCUACCCUGACUUUGAAAAGGACUCUGUCGUUCGGGUAUUGUGA